UUUUUAAUUUUUUUGUUGUUUUGUCAGGUAUUGUGGCAUAUUAGAAACGCCUGAUUAGAAGAAUUGCAUGUCUUUACAAUAUUUACAAAACUUUUCAUAAAGAAUAUAUUUUUAAGAGGGGCAAUUUCCCCAUUCUGAACUUUUUUCCCCACUCUUAAGCAUGGUAAAUAUUCAGGACAGUAUCUGUUAUGAAUAUGUGACUUCUGAGUCAAUUAAAGAUGAAUGGACUAUUUAAAGUUAGUGUAAUUUUUAAUUUGGCUGCUACAAUAGAGUGUAGGACUACAGCAGCACUAGUGCUGUGAGUCAGGAAAUAUUAGCUCGUUAGAAAACCAUAAAUUAAACCUUGCUACAUACCAGGGACUUUAAAAACUGGCAUGUGAAACCAUGCUGGAUUAGGAAAAUGCAAAUUAUUUUCCUUUUAAGUUGUAGUUUCUUACAGUUUUAUUCUAUGUUUUUUCCACAUUUAGUUCAAUUCUGGUUGUUUUCCAUGGUCUUUCUAGUGUCUGUAACAUUCCUACUUAAUUCUAAUUAAUUUCUUUUUCCUUUUUGGUCUCAAGUUCUUGUCAUUCAUUUUACAGUUCUCAACAUUUCACUUCUUUAAUCUUAGUUACUACUUAUUUUCCCUUUUCAUCAUACCCUUCUCUGUACUCCACAGCAUCACACAAAUAGGCACUUUUGUUUGCUUGUCCUGGUUUGCAGUUUGCCAACAUUUAUUAACAACUUCAGAGUCAUCAGUAAAAGGUUUAGAGUAGGGAAUAAUGGAAACUAAAUGGAGACAUGGGAGACCUUUUCAACACAACAACAGGUCUGCUCUAGCAGCUGCCAUCCUUGUGACAGCACUCACAGGCCGCACUGUUGCUGUUCCUCAGCCCCGGCAGCGAUCGCUCUCUGAAAGUGACUCCACCUACUUGGAACAAGAAUCUUUUGAACCAUAUGCAGCAGUCUCAGAGCUCAGGAUAGGAACUAACUGGAAACUUGAUGGUAGUGACAGAUCUCCUGUACAGUCCCUGCAAAUAUCAGGCAAUUAUGGUGAAGAUGAGGACAUGGAUACAUAUAUUUCAGAUGCUGAUAAAGAGGCAGAGUCCAGCUGUCAGAGUAAUGAGAAAAGGGAAGGAAGCUUUAGCACCAAUGCUAUUUAUGCUGUUCCCUGCAAAACUAAAAAGGCAGAGUUUCCACCAUCUCCUUCUCCUAAUACUGAAAAUAAAGAAGUUUCUUCCCAUGAAACUGAGUGUCAGGUGGUGGUGGAUAAGUCAAAUGUGCACAUAGAAGAAGACCAAAAUCUGGGCUUGGAUUUAAAGGAGGAAAAAUUAACAGCUGAAAAUCUGAUACAUGACAAACCUCCACCAUCCCCAGAUGUGUCUGUUCGGGCAAGGCAAGUAAGGGAAAAUAUAAACAAAGAAAAGUUGAGGGAACUGAAACAAGAAAACUGGUCUCUGAACAAGGCAUACCAAGCUGUGGUGCAACAAUUUGAGGGAACUAAACAGCAGAUGAAAGAACAGCAGUUAAAGCUGAAGGAACUAGAAAAAGAAAACAGAAGACUUAAAGAAGCUGCAGAGAACUCACGUAGAGAAGAGGAGGCAACAGAAUUAUUUUCUCUCAGACAACAAGCACAAGAGCUGGUAGAUGAAAAUGAUGCUUUGAAAAUGAUGGUCCAUCGUUUAAAUGUAGAAUUAAGUCGCUAUCAAACUAAAUUCAGGCCAUUGUCCCAGGAAGAGAAUCUAAAGCUGAAAGGCUUACCCAUGAAAGGACCACAACCACCAUGGCUGUUGGAUAUGAAGUAUUUGUCACCUCUUCUGUUGGCAUAUGAAGAUAGAAUAAGAGAAAAGGAAGAUUUUAUUCUUGAACAUGAGGAGGAUAUGAAGAAUUUUAAAGCACGAGUUGAAGAGUUGGUGAAGGAGAAUGAAGAUCUGCAUGAGCAAUUAAAUAACUCCAUUUCCCCUACAGAAUGGCAGCUGCUGCAAACUCAGGCCAAGCUGGUCUUGGAAGAAAAUGGAUUGUUGAUGGAGCAACUCAAAAUUCAACAAGCUAAAGCAAAAGAUAGUCACAGACAGCAUGUUCAAGAAGCUUCAAAGUUGACCAAACAAAUAGUAGUCUUAGAAAAUAAGAAGCAGAGUCAAAAGGAAGAAAUAACAGAGUACCAGAAGCAGCUAGAAGCUUUGUGUUCUACAUGUGAAGAGCUGAAAGGCAAACUGGACAGCAGAAUAACAGCAGAGGAGCACUUGGCUUUGGUGACUGAAUUGAAGAGCUCUUUACAACAGGAACAGGAGAAAAAGCACUCUGAGGUGGAAGCUGCAAUGGGAAAGAUAGCAUCACUGCAAACUGAAAACAAGAAACUGCUCUUAGAGAAAAAUAACUUCAUGGCUGACAAGAAGAUCCUGGAAACUGACAUGCAAAUGACUCAAAAGACAAACAGACGAUUAAAGAAGAAAAUAGGGCUUUUGCAGCUGCAGCUGGAGGAAGCAAUGGAAAAAGAAGUUGCAGCCCAUCACUAUCUAACAAACCUUAUUGGGCUGGUGGAGAGAAUAGCUAAGGAACGUGAUCAUCUGGUAUUUUUGGCCAGAUGUUUGGAAAAUGAGAAUCAUGGUGUUCUCAAGAAAAUCAUAGAAGGCAGUCUACGCUUAGGAAGAUUGGAAGAAAAAGUUAAGAUAUAUAAAAAGAAAGCAGCUGGAAAGCUUGGAGAUAUCAGUCUCAAGAUGAGUGAGCAGGAGAAAGAAUUUGAAAGGAAGAUUGCUCAGUAUGAGCAAGAAAAGAAGCACCUGCAGCAUCUGCUGCAAGACAAACAGGAAACUCUCAAUGAAGUGCUGGAGCAAAGCAGGAAAACAGAAGGAGAACUUGAAAUCAUGUGGGAAUCCACAGCCAAAGAAAACAGGAGAAUGAGAGAACUCUUGCAUAAAUCCCUGAGGAAGAACAACAUGUGGAGUGCUGUCACAGUUCAUGAGCCAUACUCUCAGAAGGACCUAGUUUAUGGACAUGAUUUUAGCUAUUGUGAUGUAAAAACUUCAUCCCCUACUAAAAAUGAAAUUGAGCAAGAAUGUCAAUGAGAAGAAUCUGCAUCCCAUCCAAUAAAGAGAGCUUGGUGCCUGAAUUUUACUUUUUCAGCAAAACAAGGUGUAUUGGAAUGUUUACUGUCUUCAAUAUCACUGUAUUUGUAAGGUCAUCGAAAUGACAACAGCAUAUUCUCUAUUUGUACUGUGAAUAAUGUAAAUCUAGCCUAAAAUAUUACUUUGCUACUUGAAGAAAAGGCUAUUCCUUCUUAAGACAAAAUGUGACCCAGCUUUAAGUUAACAUGUGCAGACAAGUGAGUAGUUAACAGGAUAAGUAGCUGGUAAGCUUGGUGUUUAGCACAGAUGCCACAAAACAAGUGAGCAGCAAGACAGUGCUCGUUAAAAUGAAAAGGACAUAUUUUGGUAAAUUCCCCCUAAAACGCCAGAUGGAAUAUGAUCCAAGCUGAAAAAAAGUGUGUCUUGUACUUUUUCUCAUGAGGAAGAUGACUUCUAGAUCACGUGCCGAAAAUCUUGUCAUCUCAAGGACAGAGAAGAAUUUGACCGUGGAGCAGACAAGACUGAAACAUCCUCCUGACAGCUGCUGUGCCUGAAUGCACAACUGUCCCCUGUGCAGAUUUACAGGAUCCCUGGAGGUGUUGGGAAGCUCCUGGCACUGCCAGGACAGGAUGCAGCUCUCCUCCAGACUGUUUUAUUUAUCCUGCUUCAGAUUCAGUGGCUUCAAAAGCCACCCAAAGUAUUCUCUGAAGCAGUGGUUAUUUUAUAUGCCUUUAAAUUAUUGACAUGUAUUUGUCUGAGCAUUCACAUUUGUUGAUUUUUCACAAUAUUGCACAUUAACUUUGUUGUAGUAUGUAUUACUAUGAUGUGACUUUAUUUUGGAUUUACAUAUAACUUGCUGGAUCAUCUUUUUGGUUUUGCUUAAUUUUUAUAAUGAAAUGUAAAUGGUACCAAAAAAUGUAACAAUACAAAAAAACAUGUAACUAUCAUAGUUCUGUAGUAUUAGAAAUAAUGAAGAAUUUCAUUGGCUUUGAUCAAAAUUAACAAAAAGAGCAGAAAACCUAGUUAAAAUACUAAAAGAAAUAUAUAAUGUUUGUGUCUGGAAAGGUUCCUGCAGUAAUUUUCUUCAGGGUUAAGGCCAUGACCCAGCAGAAUAGCUUUAUUUAGGAGAGGGUGGGGACAGCACAUGACAUUCAGGGACAGGUAGAUGUACAGCUUUCAAAGCCAGAUUCUGCAGUACAGUGCAAAGUUUAAAAAUCGACGGACUUUCAAAGCACUGGCAGAACCUCAGUGCUCUCAGAUACUACCCUGAUUAUGGGAAACCACCAAAGUAGCUGAGUCGUAUCUAUGCAAGUGACAUUUUAAGAUGUACUUUAAUUACUUUCCUUUAUAGCACUAAAACGAGUGCACCAACCUUACUGGGUCAUGAAGAUAAAACUUCGGCAUGCUGUGGUCUUUAAGGCACUGAUUAACAGAACUGCUCUGUAACAACACACUAUCUUUUGGUCUCUGCCCAGACUCUUAACAAGAGCUACACCUUCGAAUCCUUUCAUUGUCCUGACUUUUUCAACUUGGUUAUUUUAGGACUCCAUGCCUCAACAUAAGAACCAGAAACUCUUUUCAAGCAAGGUCUUAAAUAACUUCAUUAAUAUUUGAAAUUGUCAUGGGGGUGGUCUAUCAUUAAACCAGUCCUGUUCUCUGUCUUGCUUGAAUUUGAAAAAAAAUCUGAUUUGAAAUAUAAGGUCUGAAAUAUCUCUUCAGAUAAGACAGGCACACACACUUCUCUCGUUUCCACACGAGCUCCAAUCUGCAGCUGAGCAGACUCUGGAAGAGCAUCAAACAUGGCCAUAGCCACAGCUUUUCAUGUUUCUAAAGGCAGGCUUGGAAAAUGAAGCCUUUCACAUCAUAUUUUUUAAUAUAAGUAUCUCUGAAUAUGCAAAUACAACUUCAGAACUGAUUUAAUACUUAUAAUAUAUUAUCCUCAUCUGAUUUCAUUUGCCCUUUUGAGUAUGUUUUAAGAGUUUGUAAAAAUAAGCAGCUUCACAAGGAAAAGCUGUUGUAUUGGAAGUAAUCUUAGAAACAGAAGCAUGAUUUUCAAAACUCUCAAUAUUGGCCUAAGUGUUCUUCCACUGAAGUGACCUGGGAAUGUCUUAGAACUGUACUUUUCAUACACCAUUCAUGCCCAUUUUCUCAUUUUAGAGUAAGUUUUAAUACAUGGUUCAUCUUGACAGUGACACUCUUAAGGCUUUUUUCAGAAAUGCUACACUUACUUUGCCAUUUGUGUAUCAUUAAAAUAUGACAUUAAACUUUAAAUGAACUUACAUUUAAUCAAAUCCCUGGGUGAUUCUCCAUACUCAGUUUCCACAGGAAGAAAACUGAGAAAAAGCUAUGUCCCAUGGAUGACAAAGUCCUUCUGUGGCUCAGACUUUUUUAGCAUAACAAAAAUCCUGUUAUAGGAUAUUUAAAAUAAGUAUGAACAAAUUUUAAAUACAUAUGACCCCUUUUGACAUACUUGAAGAGUAAAAUACUAGGAGAGUUUCAGAUAACAAAAGUUAACAAGUGUGCCAAGUGUUGUUCAAAUAGAAUUGAUUAGACAGGUGCUUCCCUCCAGUUCCUUCCAACAGGAAAGAAGUUGAUUCUCUCCUUUAUUAACAGCUGAAAUAAUUGGUUUUCCUGUAAAUCUCUUUCAGAUGAAACAUAAAUCUUAUGCUCUGUAUGUUUUUCAUCUUGCAUUAAACCACUUGGAUUUUAGCA